AUGCCAGAGGGCCCUUGGCAAACCAUCCAUGCUGAUUUCUAUGGUCCGCUCCCUACUGGACAAUAUAUCAUCGUGCUGAUCGAUAAGUAUUCGCGAUACCCAGAAGCCGAAAUAAUCUCAAGUACCUCCGCUAAAGCACUGAUCCCUAAAAUAGAUGCUAUUUUUGCACGGCAUGGAAUCCCAUUAAAGUUCAAAUCUGACAACGGUCCACCGUUCAACAGUAAGGAAUUCUCCAAAUAUCUACAUAAACUUGGGGUGAAGCACGAGACAUCAAUCCCGGAGUGGCCGCAAGGAAACUCAGAGGCCGAGGCAUUCAUGAAGCCUUUAGCUAAAGCGAUCAAAACAGCCCGUGCGGAACAUCGCAAUUGGACACAAGAACUUUCAAGAUUCUUACUCAGCUAUCGCAUUACGCCUCAUUGUUCAACCAAUGUCCCACCAGCUCAACUACUAUUUAACCGACCAUUGAGAGGUAUCCUACCAAUGCUAAAUCCCAAGGACAAAGUGCUAAAUAGACAUAAAGAGGCGCAGGCGAAGGAUUUUGAAGCGAAAUCGAAAGGAAGAGAAUUGGCAAACAAAAGAAGAAGAACUAAAGAAUCAGAUAUCAGGGUGGGAGACAAAGUUCUCUUAAAACAAAGGAAGAAAGAUAAAUUCACAACAAAAUUUGAGCAAACACCAUACACAGUGAUUUAUCGUAGAGGAGCUAAAGUAGUCGCUGAGAACCAUAACCAUCAAAUAACCAGAAACACAUCGUUCUUUAAAAAGAUAAGAGACAAGUCGAGAGAAUCAACUGAUGAAGAUGAAUACAACAUCCACGAACAGCCGUACAGACACAACCAAUGCGUACCAGAAUGUGAAGAACCAGAACACAUCAUAGAACCAGAACCAGAAGAGCCAGCUCCAAGGAGAUCAACCCGACAAAGAAAAAUAACAGAACAAUAUGGGAACUCAAUAAACCCGGACUUUGUUAUCCAUUAA